CUGAUUGCGCCUGCGCAGUGGGGAGCAGCUCGCGCCUGGGCUUUGGGCUGGCUGCAGUCUCAGUCUGAGGGCGGCCGAAGCGGCUGGCUCAAUUAAGAUGAGGCUUCUGCUGCUUCUCCUAGUGGCGGCGUCGGCGAUGGUCCGGAGUGAGGCCUCGGCCAAUCUGGGCGGCGUGCCCAGCAAGAGAUUAAAGAUGCAGUACGCCACGGGGCCGCUGCUCAAGUUCCAGAUUUGUGUCUCCUGAGGUUAUAGGCGGGUGUUUGAGGAGUACAUGCGGGUUAUCAGCCAGCGGUACCCAGACAUCCGCAUUGAAGGAGAGAAUUACCUCCCUCAACCAAUAUAUAGACACAUAGCAUCUUUCCUAUCAGUCUUCAAACUAGUAUUAAUAGGCUUAAUAAUUGUUGGCAAGGAUCCUUUUGCUUUCUUUGGCAUGCAAGCUCCUAGCAUCUGGCAGUGGGGCCAAGAAAAUAAGGUCUAUGCAUGUAUGAUGGUUUUCUUCUUGAGCAACAUGAUUGAGAACCAGUGUAUGUCAACAGGUGCAUUUGAGAUAACUUUAAAUGAUGUACCUGUGUGGUCUAAGCUGGAAUCUGGUCAUCUUCCAUCCAUGCAACAACUUGUUCAAAUUCUUGACAAUGAAAUGAAGCUCAACGUGCAUAUGGAUUCAAUCCCACACCAUCGAUCAUAGCACCACCUAUCAGCACUGAAAACUCUUUUGCAUUAAGGGAUCAUUGCAAGAGCAGCGUGACUGACAUUAUGAAGGCCUGUACUGAAGACAGCAAGCUGUUAGUACAGACCAGAUGCUUUCUUGGCAGGCUCGUUGUACCUCUUGGAAAACCUCAAUGCAAGAUAGUUUUUCAGUGCUGGCAUAUUUUGGAAUUCUGCACAUUCAUGGAGUGCAAUAAUACUGUAUAGUUUUCCCCACCCCCCACAAAAUCACCCAGUUAACGUGUGUUGUUUUUUUUUUUUUUUUUUUUUUUUCAGGUAGACAUUACUACCUGUAACUUUUUUUCUUAGUUGUAUAUGAAAAAGUAGAAAAUUGAGUUACAAUUUGAUUUUUUUUCCAAAGAUGUCUGUUAAAUCUGUUGUGCUUUUAUAUAAAUGUUUGUUUUUUGUAGUUUAAAAUUGAUUAUUUGGGAAUCCAGUUGAAGUUCCCAAAUACUUUAUAAGAGUUUAUCAGACAUCUCUAAUUUGGCCAUGUCCAGUUUAUAUAGUUUACAAAAUAUAGCAGAUGCAAGAUUAUGGGGGAAAUCCUAUAUUCAGAGUACUCUACGAAUUUUUGUGUAUGUAUGUAUGUGCGUGUGAUUACCAGAGAACUACUAAAAAAAACCAACUGCUUUUUAAAUCCUAUUGUGUAGUUCAAGUGUCAUGCCUUGACCAAUCUAAUGAGUUGAUUAAUUAACUGGGCCUUUAUACUUAACUAAAUAAAAAACUAAGCAGAUAUGAGUUAAAUUUAAAAGUUUCAAUUUAUUGCUCAAUGUACCUGUUAACAUUAUAUUUAACAAUUGUCUGCUGAAAUUUUUGUUUUUGAUUUAUGGAUAAUUUCAUAAGAGUACACACUUUAGAUAUAUAAGUAAUAGGUUCAUUUACCAUCUGUAGGAUCAUUGAAACUCAUCUCACUAAAGAAAGUUCACUUGAACCUCUUUACAGCAUUGAUAUUAGGUGAACAGAAAUUACCUGACUAAUAAUUUGUCUAACAUCAUAUAUCAGAAUUUUAUUGUAUAUGAUGAACAAAACUUAAAAUUUUUUAAAUUUAAUUUUUAAAUACCGUUUCAGAGUUCUAAAAAGGCAGUUUUUUAGAAAACUUAAAUUGUUAAAAACUGUAAGAAUAACUUGGCAGAAAUAGAGCCAGAAUGUAGAAAAAUAGUCACGUAACAGCAGUCAUAACAUACUUCAGCUUCCAUAUAGGAAUAGAAGUGGUAGAGCCAAAAGUGAUUUAGGGAAAAAUUAUAAGGUACAGGUUGAGUAUCCCUUUUCCAAAAAUGCUUGGGACAAGAAAUAUUUCAGAUUUCAUAAUUUUUUCAAAGUUUGGAAUAUUUGCAUUAUACUUCCAGUUGGGCAUCCCAAAUAUGAAAUCUGAAAUGUUCCAUGAGCAUUUCCUUUAAGUGUCAUGUUGGCACUCAGAAAGGUUCAACAUUAAGUCCACCUAACACUUAGAUAUUAAAGACCUAACUUUCUGUAACAUUUAACCUUAUAGUUUGUCAUUGAAUAUUUGUUGAAUGCAUGUCAGGUAAUGGUCUUGAUUGUGAUAGCUUCAAGAUGGAACAUACUGUAAUCUCCAGAUGCUAGGAAGUUAGUUUAAUAAUUUACUGCAGAAAAUUGAUUAAAUGACUGUCCUUUUAAUUAAGAGUGUGGAGCCAUUAACCUCAGUUCUUCAUAUAGUGACAAGAGUCCUUAGAGAUGGUUAUUCAAGUUCCUUAGAAAUUGUUAUUCAGGUAUAACAUCAUCUUAUCUUUGACUAGAGCUUGAAAUCUUGUUAUCUGAUUGUGUACCACUCCAAAUUCCCUGCCUUCUGCAAGUUGAAUGUCUUGCUGAAUGUGUCUAGGGGUUCAUCUUCAGUAAUCGACAUUCCACUAGUGCCACAGUUAACUUCAUGACAUGUAGACAUUCAGAACUUGAGCCUUGGAUGUUCCUGUGGACCUGACAGUUAAAAAUAUAAAGAACCUAAGAUUCAAAUACAACUUUCUCUCUUUGCCUUGGGUUGAAUAACAUGUCUUUUGGAGAAUAGCUUUAAGUGGCUUAGACACUGAUAACAUUCAGCUAUAUUGUUGACACCUGUUUUGUCUUAUGCUUAGCCAUAUUUAAAUGUUGACUUUAAUAGAGUCUAGUGAAAAAAUGAGUGGGAAGAAUGAAUAUAAAAGUAAUAAUAUAAGGAAAAAGGGAAAGUAAACUAUUUAGAAUGUAGUUUUGUUAUAUUCCCAACAUUUCAAUAUUUAUUAGUUACUUGUAAAUUACUGUGGCAGUGUAGUUUAUAAAUGUCUGUGCACUAUAUUAAUUAGAAGACCAUAGAACAUGCCAGCAGGUUGGCUAAUGCUAUGGGGGUUUUUAACACUGUUGCCAUUGUGGAAGAAAUUAUUUGGUACAUUAAUAAAAAAAAAUUGGUAAAACAUGGCUUUAUACCUCGGUGUGUAAGAAGUGCAAGACAAAUAUGCUUAUUUCUUUUUCUAGAAUAUAAGUGAUAUUAUUUGCUUAUGACACUAUUAAUGACAGGAGUCAGUCAGCCUUUAUAGCUAUCAAAAUAUGAGAUCCCAAUGAUGAUUCUUUCUUACUUUGAAUGUUAAUUAGUUUGGGACUUUGAUUGACUGGCAAACAUUUUAUCAUUGUCAGAAUUUAGUUUAGGUUUCAAAAAUAGCUUACAGGAUUUUAAACAUGGUGUGGUAUUCUAAAGCCUUUUUUUAAAAAAGAGAUCUUUUUGAAAGAAACAAAUGAGGAUUGUAAAGUUUGGGGACUUACCUCUGUAGCAUUGUGAAAAUAAACUUUUAUUAAGCUGAUUUGAAAGGA